CAUGCGCCCCGCCCGCCCGUCUACACCCCACCCCUCCACUGAAUUUUUCUGCUAUAAAAGAGCAUGUUGAACCAUAUUCCCACUACAGUGUCACAACGAAUAUUGCGUUGAAAUCAUGGAUCCGCAAGCUUCAUCACAUACCAAAUCCGACAACAAUACCAUCACCACUUGGUGCUGCCAGUGCUGGUUGUCCACCACCACAAGCGGCGGCGGCGGCGGCUGUGACGGUGGUUGUAGCAGCUCCACUUCGCAAUCGUCACCCGGACCACAUCCGAUGGCAACAGCAAAGGCACUGUUAAAACAAGACGAUGGGGACAAGGGAAAAACAAACUGCCUAGAGAGCGCUUCUGAGAGCGAUACGAGCGAUGAAAUGAAAUCUUUUUAUCAAGGAUGUAAAAGCAAGUGGAUAAAAGCGUUCCAGAACAAUACUCUGAUUAAUAGAUGGCGCCUCCCCAUGCCAUUUCACACAUUUAGAGCGGAAGUAGCGAGAUUGUUAAAACGAUUGUAUAUCGAAGGUCACCAUGACGAUUGUCAUAUUUACCAGUUAAUUGUAAUGUGGGACGAUUUAAACGAUGACGUAGAAGAGAUAGUGGGAGAUGCUCAAAUCAACUAUCAAGACUGGAUUGCGUUAUUAGGUGGCGUUACAGCGGAACUAUUUUCACGCGUGGUGUUCAAUACUAAAUCUUUUAAUUAUUUAAUCAAUGUAAUAUUUUGUGUGCUAGGUCCAAACAUAAUAGCUUCCGGUGAUUAUGAAUGUGAACCUAAAUGUAAGAAUGCUCGUACAUAUUAAGGUGAUGAUGCAUUUAUUCCUUGUCAUUGUUUAAUUUUAAAUUGUUAGCUCGCUGCGAAUGUAAAUGUUUUAAUGUACACGUAUUAAUAAUAAAUUCAUAUUACUGAAUA